UCUUGGUAAAAGAUUGUCCUUUCUCCUCCUCACCGCAAAAUCAGUCCUUCACUCCAUUUCUCACAACCGCAGCCCGUCAAUUCGUUCCUCCAUUUCUUGAGCGCAUGAGAAGGGCAUUUGAGCAGGUCAUGGGCUCUUCUCCUCUCUGGAAAUCUCAUCCAUAUUCUCCAUCCAUUUCAUCAUCUUAAUUGAUAUCAGAUUCAUUCGCACAUGAAAAUGAUAUCAACACCUCUUCUCUUCUUCGGUCAUCCUAAUGCAUCCCAGUUGAAAAGCUCGGAAGAAAUCACUCUACAUAAUUGCACUACUUUGGAGGAGCCUCAUUUUCCCGCUCAGACUUCAUUCUCAAUCGGUUUCUAAUUGUCGAGGCCUCAUCUCUCUCCCCAAACAAACCGAUCGGCAGUUGAUGCCGAAAUUGUAGAGUAAUCCUGCUAGAGGUUCUUGAAUACUGUUAGAGGCUCUGUGUUCCCUGAGAUAAGCCUGGAUGAUAUCGGCAGGAAUUGUUUUGCCGAAAGGAGGAGGAGAUAUAUAGCAUCAGUUCGAUUUCAGAUAAGCGACUCCGAGCCAGCCUUGAGAAUAACCCCAAUAGGCAAUACUCUUUUCAAAUAGUUGGUAUUCUGAAUAGCAGAAGUUAUAUCCAACAUUCAACCUCUUUUACAAUGAAGAAGAGGUUGUACAUUAUCAAGCAAGAGGUUGGGGAGAAAAGAAACUAUUGAUUAUGACUUAGAUAUCAUCCGGAGUUUUGAUUACCAUGAUCUUCUCAGGGUUAAGGAUCAUUUAAUAAUAAAGAUGGUGGUGCUGGCAUAAACUGAAUUGUAUCUCUUUUAAAAGUUAAUGAAUUUUAUGCCCAAGAAGAUGAUGUGUGAUAUGGUCCUGUAGAAGGUUUGUCAAGUGCUUCACAGAAGAUGCAAUAGGCUCUACUCUUGUGCAGAAUAUGAAAUGGCUGGAACUCUAUUUGGAUGAGUGAAAAUCUGUAAAGGGCCAAUAAGGGGUCAAGAGAAAACAAUAUUUAUGAAAUUCAUCCCGUGCAACGCACGGGUGAAAAUCUAGUGGUGAAAAAUGUGCCGUACGAUUGCAGCACCACUCAAAGGUCGGUUGCCAAGCAUAUGCUCGAAGGCUGCAAUUCCAUACGCUCCAGUAUUAUUCUCCGCCACGACCAUCCUACUCAGACCACGGCAGUGCUUCACUCGAGCAGCCAUGACUACCAAUCCGAGCUCAAGCGCCUCCGAUUUAGACGCGGUCUUCGCUCAGAAGAAGGCUGUUCGAUCCAAACUCAAAAAAGAUUUAAAGUCCAUGGAUCCCUCCCUCAGGUCCCAAGAAGAUGAAGAAAUACAGAAUGCAAUACUUAAAGCUCCUUGGUUCAGAGAUUGUAAGAGGCUUUGUGCUUAUAUUAGCUGUAGCGCCCUUAGAGAAGUUGAUACUUCAACCAUACUGUCAGAAAUUCUUCAGACGCAAAGGAAAGAUCAAAAGAAGCUCUAUGUUCCACGUGUGGAGGAUAGUAACAGAAAUAUGCGAAUGCUGAACAUCUCAAGCACUCAAGAUUUAAUAGCGAAUUCAAUGAACAUUUUGGAACCAGGACUGAUUGAUGACGAGGGAAACCAACGUGAAGAUGUGUUGUUGGCAAAUCAACCUGUUGACUUGCUCCUUUUACCUGGACUUGGAUUUGAUAAAGCUGGAAGACGUUUAGGCCGGGGUGGAGGCUACUAUGACACUUUCUUGAAAAAAUAUCAAGAACUGGUGAAAGAGAAAAUGUGGAAGCAACCUCUGAAGGUUGCUUUGUCAUAUUCAGUGCAGAUAUUGGAUACCAUACCUGUUACACCAGAUGAUGUUCUUGUAGAUGCACUAAUAACACCAGCUGGGUUUUUUCCUAUUAGUCAAGCUGCCCACGAGUUUUGCCUUUAGAUAAUUUAAUAUAGCGGCCCAGAGCUUCCCGGAGUAAACACUGGCUGUUUAGAUGCACGGUGGGCGCAUAGCGCUGUUUUCACAAUUGCUUCAAGUAACAUCAUAAAGUUUUAGAGGCCGUUUGGUAGCAGAUGAAUAAAAAUAUAUGAGUAUAUGAGUACUUGAGUUCGCCAACCUUUCCGCAGAUGAAUAAAAAUGGGAGGUUAUCUAUUUAAAAGACAUUAUCCUCGAAAAUUAGUAGCUCUAGUGGAAAUAUUUCUUCGAAGUUUUAGUCUUGUAAUUAUAGUAUUAUGUGUAAUUAUGUCUAGGGGUUUGGUCUUGCCCUCAUGUUUGUUUCCGGUAUUUCCUGUAAUUCUAUUUCUUUCCAAUAAAACUAGUGUAACACCCGGGGCAUGCCCCGGUAAUACCAUAUAAUGGUGUCAUGUUUAUAAAAUUAAUAGAGGUUAUGAUUUAUUUACAGAACUUGUUAAUAGCAUUUUGAAUGUUGAAAAAAAG